CCCUUGCUCUGUUAGAGCCACUGGGUUGCAUCUGUCUGCUUCGCUCUCUCUGUGUGUGUGUGUGUGUGGGUGUGUAUGUGUGUGUGUGCGUGUGCGUCGUGUGCGUGUGUGCGUGCCUGAGUGAGUACGCGCAGGCAAGCGAUCGAGCCAGUGAGUGAGCAAGCGAGAGAGAGAGAAAGGGAAAAAGAAAGCAAUCGAGAGGGAGAGAGCGAAUCGGAGUGCGAGUGCAAGACAAAGCUAUGAAAUUAAUCCGAGCUAUAUGCCUCCUGCUUCUUUGUCCAGCUUUGAGCCUCAACACUAGACAAGGCUAUGAGGGGCUGGAGCAGAAGCUGAAGGAGGUCUUCACAGAGCGGACUGGCAUCCUGCGUCAACUCUCCAAGACUACAAAGGAACUGGACAGCAUAAAAGGCAACCUUCAGACACUGAAAAAUGAUGACUCCGUGGCCAAGAAGGAUGUCCAGAGAAUCCUGGAACUCAGCCACAAGCAGAGGGAAGAGAUGAAGUCCCUCCAGACUGCAUUGCAGAAGCAGCUGGACGAGGCAACGGAACAAGCCGAGAAACAGCAGGCCACAAUCAAGUUCCUCAAGAUGGAGAUGGAGAAAAAGACCAAAAUAAUCAAGGACCUGCAACAGGAGAACAAGAGCUUGAAAAAUAAACUGCUAUCUGGCAACAAGCUGUGUGAUGUCCAUGCAGAAGAGUCCAAAAAAAUCCAGGCUCAACUGAAAGAGCUGCGGUACGGGAAAAAGGAUUUAAUUUUCAAGGGACAGCAGCUAAUGGAUCUGGAGCACAAGUUGACCAUUGCCAAAGAAGAGUUGGAAAAGGCCGCACUGGACAAGGAGUCUCAGUUGAAGGCACUGAAGGACACAGUGCACAUCUGCUUCUCUGCUGUUCUGCACAACCAGCACACCAGCAGCCACAGGUUCCCCGCCACCCCCACCCACUUGUUCAGAUACUCCUCACUCGUCAACAGCUCCAGAGUCACCUUUCAGCAGCCACACGCCAAGGAUAUCCCGAAGGUUCAGAGAAUCAUCAUGGCCAGUAAAUCGCCUGCGAACAUUGGGGUAAUGAGGAGAGAAAGUAAUCCCGGAGUCAAGGACUGCCAGAUGGAAAAGAUUGGCGGGGAUUGCUUCCAAAACCAGACGGAGACAGAAUCCUCUCCCGACAGUAAAAAGCUGCUUGAACAGCAGCAAAGGACCGCAGCGCAGAUUGGAAAAUCUAAUGCAAAGCCUUCCGAUGACAGGGAGGAUGUAGAGGGAGGCAGCAAAAACACAAAACUACACAAAAACAACUGAAUGGAUGGGAUAUCAAUGGAGAUGCAUAAAAUCUGGAGAUCUUUUUCAGAGCACAUACUUGUGCGCGCACACACACACACACACACACACACACACACACACACACACACACACACACACAUACAUAUAUAUAUAUAUACACACACACACACACACACACACACACACACACACACACACACACACACACACACACACAGUUUGCAGACGAGACACAGGAAUUGUUGGAUGAAAACAAACUUCUCAACCGUGAAAUUUUGAACUUUCUCGAUUGAAAACCUGCAUAAUAAAAUGGCAUGCAUUCUAGACUUCUUUUAAAGGUAGCAAUGGCACUGGUAACUUGUUUUAAGAUUGUUCAUAGUUUUUUUUUUCAGAGCGAGGACACUACUUUCUACAGUAAAUGUGUGUUAUUUCUAAAUAAAUCCCUUUGCACUGGUAAGGUCAUGAUAUUCUGGUAUAUAAGUACUCCCAUUAUCAAAAACUGCUGUAACACCAAACUUACAAAUAUGGUUUGUCAGUCAUUGUAGCAAGGUUAAUUUACUCUCUCCUCCAUAUUUUGAACUAUAUCGGCUCUCAAGUUGGCUGGCCAACUUCUUUCAACAUGUAAUAUUUCAGAGCUCUUUCUGCCUUUAACAUGCUAGAGGUGAAGAGCCAAAGACUCACAAUGAGUCGUCUCCCUGAGAAUGUGCCAUGCACUGAGUAGUUACUCCUAGCUACAUUUACUUGUGUUAUUUGACCUUUCUGUGUUCUUUCAAUAAACUGUGAUUUUCAGUAAAUGUGUGAAGAUUAAAUGGAUAUUUGUGGAGAAAAUGAA